ACUAUAAGCAUGCCUGAACCGGCUAAGUCCGCUCCUGCUCCUAAAAAAGGGUCUAAAAAGGCUGUGACUAAGGCUCAGAAGAAGGACGGCAAGAAGCGCAAGCGCAGCCGCAAAGAAAGUUAUUCCGUGUACGUGUACAAGGUGCUGAAGCAAGUGCAUCCGGACACCGGCAUCUCAUCCAAGGCUAUGGGCAUUAUGAACUCCUUCGUCAACGACAUUUUCGAGCGCAUCGCUGGUGAGGCAUCGCGCCUGGCUCAUUACAACAAGCGCUCGACCAUUACAUCCAGAGAGAUCCAGACCGCCGUGCGCCUGCUGCUGCCCGGGGAGCUGGCCAAGCAUGCGGUGUCUGAGGGCACCAAGGCUGUCACCAAGUAUACCAGCUCAAAAUAA